UAAUUCUUCUUUUACAUUUCUAUCUUUUCUUUCGGAAAAAUGACUUAUUGUGGUUUUCAACCGUUAAUAUUUUUCACUAUGUCUGUGAAUGGCCAUUCGCAGUAGUGUUUACAAGGAGAAUGUGUCACUUUAAGGAUGGUACGAACAGGAGGGGUGAAUAAUGAAAAAUAUAUGGGGUGCUUGUUGGGGAAGCAGAGGAAAAAAAAGACAACACAACAUUUGUCUAAUGUCUGUCAGACCAUGCUCAAAUAAAAACAAAUAAAAACAAACUGAUCUGCUGUGAUUAUAUUUUGCAGUGAAAAUGGGAACCUUAUUCUUAGGAGUGAACAAAUUCCUAUCAACUUUUAGUGAUGUGAUCAAUAUGAUGAUGGAUUUGGGCAUUCUUUCCUCCAAUGUGUUCUCAUAUAAUGUUGCGCAAGAUUUAUCAACAAUGGUGGUGGAGGAAAGACACAUUGAAUCCUUUUCAAAAUUUCUGAAGGAGACCAAGGAUCUUCUGAAUCAAUUAAAUGACCAACUAUCCCAUAGAAGCAAGGAGGGAUUCGAAGACAUAGUCCUUGGAUUUCAAGGUAGAUCCUCUAUUGUCACUGAUUCAAUUGAUGUCAAUGCUCCAUGCAACUCUGAAGGAAAAGCACAUGAGAGCUCAUUCACAUCUACAUGUGGAAACGCAACAUACGCUCAAAUGAAAACUGCUUCAGCUCUUGAUGUUGGAUUCAGUUCGACAUCUCAACAGCGAUAUGGGAGCAUGAAUGAUGCAGGAUGUGAAAUCUCUACUGGAAGAUUCUCACCAUUAAAUGAAACUCAGUUUAACACUGCAACUGCUCUUUCUCGAAAUCGUCACUAUGCUGUUCCUGACAAUAGUUCCUGCUACGACAUUACAGCAUCUUCAGUUGGCCAUGAUAAUUCUCUGUCAUCACAUAGUGCAGCAUUCAGUCUUCCUAACCAUAUGGUUGUUAGCUCACAUUUUCAGUCAAAUUGUGAAUCUGCUUUUGAUGGGUCAACAAACCCAAUGAUGCAUUUUACAUCCUGCAGUCGCAAUACAUCAUUGAAGCAAUUUUCAACACCUGCUGAAUCACAGAAUCAUGAUACACAGUAUGUCUCCCAUGAUAAAAGUCAAGAUUUCUCUUCAAAGCCUAGUUGUGAAUUUGCCCAACCGAAUGAUACAAGAGAUUCUCAGCGUUUUACCUCACCUCAAGGACAUUUUUCCCCUCCAACCGAGUCAAAUUGUGAUACUAUGUAUACUUCUCGCUGUGAAACAACUCAAGAUGCGCAUUUCAGCUGUGACACUUCAUAUGAGACUUCUAACCAUUCAGGUCAUGGACUGCAUGCUUCUCGUGUACCAUUUCAGACUUCUACUGAACAGUCACUAAAUACUCAUUAUUCUCAUCCAUCGUUAUCAGCUGAAUCAAAUUUUGGAAUUCCAUCUAAAAGUCAGCAUUCUUCAGCCUUUUCUAUGGUUACUGCAAUAAAUUCAUCUCAGUAUGCAUCCUGUCAAAGUAAUAGUGAUAAAUCUCAGUUUCCAUCCGGAGAAAACGGUCAAAGCAAGAUGCAUUACCCACAAAGAAACACUAUGUGUGAAUCCACAUUUCCACAAAUGACUGGGAAUAAUAGUUUUGUUGAACUGAGUGAUGAUUCACAUAACACCCAUAUAACUGCACAAGGCGUUAAUGAAAUAAAAUACCCUCAUGUGUCAAGCUUUAAGUGGGGUGUCUUAAGUGAUACUGAAGACAGCUUUGACCCAAGUUCGCCAGUUCAGACAACUAACCAGACUCAAGACAGUACAGAGUUUGGAGAUUUGCAGAUAGCAUUUCCUAAUCAAGUUGCUAAGGAUACUGCAAGUCUGAAAAGAGAUGACACUGGGAAAGAUGUGUUAGGAACUUCAGUAGAAAACAGUUUCUCAUUUUUGUUAGGAACGAGAGACACUAUGGGCUGUGUUGAUAUGAAUAAGAAAAAACUAGAUAUUUUUGAUGGAGUUAAGCAGGAGGGAGGGAAAUGGAAAUGCCCUGUCUGUGCCAAAUUAUUUAUUGCUCGUGUUAAUUUUGAAAGGCAUUUUAAAGUUCAACAUUUAGGUCAAAAGGCAUUUCCUUGUAAUUUGUGUGACAAAGGAUUCUCCAGCAAGAUUCGUCUUGAUGCCCAUUUAAUGAGGCAGCAUAAUAUAAACUGUGAAUCAGCAAACCCAUGCAAUGUUUGUGGGAAAUUGUUCAACACUAAAACAGCUUUGAAAACACAUAGUCUCACUCAUGUUGAUGAAAGCGAGAAACCUUUUGCAUGUAAUAUUUGUAGUAAACGAUUUUCUCAAAAAGUUGUAUUAGACACUCAUCUUCUUCGACAUGGAGGUCCAAGUGCUUACAAAUUUCAAUGCAAAAUAUGUUCAAAAAGUUUCCCAACCAAGCCAAAAUUGAAAUUUCAUUGGAGAAAGCAUGAGACUGCCCAAUUUCAUUGCAAAGAAUGCCCCAAAGAGUUUCCCAAUGAAGGCCUUUUACGGGCUCAUGAAGCAACUCAUGUAGCUUUUUCUGAACGUCCUUUCCAAUGUUCAGAGUGUCCGAAAACUUUUACAACAAAACAUAAAUUGCAAUCACAUAUUGAGACACACAGUCAGACCAAUCAAUACUCUUGUGAUGAGUGUUCGUCUGUCUUUAAAUGUCGCAGCACAUUAGUUGCACAUACCAGAAAGCGACACCCGAAAUCUGAUAGACUUCUACCAAACCCUACCUCUGACUGCCCUGACGCAAGUUCAACUUUUCCCUCUGCUCAGCCAAUUCCUCAGCUAGAGUCACCCCAUGCACUUACUUCAAACCCCACGUUCAAGUGCCCAAUAUGUCUCAAAGAGUUUCGCCGAAAGAAAAAUUUACGGGAGCAUGAAAUUACCUGUCAUCAAGAAGUGCCUCGUUUAGCCUGUGAUCACUGCCCAAAACGUUUCAAAGCAAAAACCAAACUGAAAAUACAUCUUGCAACCCACACUGAGGAACCAAGCUUAGCUUGCAGAACAUGUGGCAAAAGAUUUUAUCGCUCAGACUUGCUUCGUACUCAUGAAGCUACUCACACUGGGAACAAACCAUUUUCUUGUGAUGUUUGUGCUCGGAGGUUUGCUACUCAAUCUAUGCUAAGAUCUCAUCAAGUAAUUCAUCAACCCCCACCAGAGACAUCAGCCGAAGUUCCUUGUCCCACCUGUGGUAAAAAGUUUAAAAACAAGCGAACUCUUGCUCUUCAUGUGAAAUGCCAUGCAGAAUCCUUAGAAUUUAAAUGUGGAACUUGUGGUAAACAAUUUGCUCGUCGAGUGCACUACGAUGGGCACAUGAGAACACACAGUGCAGAUCGUCCCUACUCGUGUACUGUUUGUAAUCGGACUUUCCGUGAACGCAAGCACAGGGCUGAUCACAUGAGACGUUUACACCCUAAUGAAGUUCUUGGAGGUGGAGAAUUGACUCUUCAAAAGUUGAUUGAAUCAAUAUCAGCCGAUGACACUAUGGACGCUACAACGGGAGGUGGAAGUUUUGCAACGGAUGUUAAUUCAGAUGCCCUCGCAACUUUAACAGAAUUAUCCAACUCUGGGAUGCAACAUCUUUUGGAAGACUCAUCUCAACAGAAUUCUGAGCCCCAUAUUGAUGACACUAGUCAAAGUCAGGGCAGCCAAAUCAAUGCCAACUAUGGUCCAGGGCCAAGAACCAUAUCUUUAGAACCUCAAGUGGACAGUGUUAAUCAGAAUAGCCAGAUGAACCAUUUAAACCAGUCAUUUUCAUCACAACCUCAUAAUGUUAAUAUUGAUUGCCAGGCUGAUUUAACAGCAUCAAACCAGGUAAACCACCUCACAGAAUCUUUUUCAGUUCAGGCGCAGAAUAUUUCACUUCUCCAGAAUCCUUUCCAUCACUUAAAAAGCUCUGCCAAUGAAACCCACCCAUUUACUUGUUCUGAAAGUGGUGAUCUUAGCCCCUUACCAGAGCUAUCUGAUCAGUUGCAAUCAAUGGAGGUUCUUCAUCCUCAUUAUGGUCAUGGUGGCGAAUCCACUAGGUCAAGUUCUGUGGGUGGUUCUGACGAGAGUCUUCCAAAACUGGCAGAUGUUUUAGCCAUUAGCAUUCAGGGUGGUAUGUAAAAUUGACCUGAUCUGAUCUGAUACAUAUUACUUGAUGGGCCAUAGCUAUCUUUGUCCAUCUGUUGGUUCUGUUAGCUCCCAUGUAUUUCCUUAAAGUUCUAAACUGAAUUAUCAAGAUUUUAAGGAUGGUUGACCCACUUCCCCUUAACACGUUGAGUCCCAGGGGGUCAUUAAUCACGUGCAUUGUGAACGCCCGGGUGCUAGACCCUAAUAUCACAUGGCACAUGGUCAGGCGCACCGCAUUGUGGGGGCACCUUCAGUGCCAUUCUGCCAUUUUUAUUUAAAAAUGCACUUUUUGAAGCAACUGAUAUGUCAAUCAUUUUGAAACUGUGAUAAGAUUCUUUGAAAGAUUUUUCAAAAUUUUAUUUCAAUAGGAAUUGUAAAUAGGUGCCCAACUACAUUUUAACUGUGAUAUCCUCUCAUUGUGGUACUGUUCUUAAGUGUAGAUUCUGUAGUUUAUUAAGCAACUGUUCAUAAGACAAUUAUAAUAGACCAUGUAAAUUGA